AUGUUCGGCUCCACCAACCCAUUCGGGCAGUCGUCCACCAGCCCAUUUGGCCAGACCUCAUUUGGAACUCCACAGGGAUUCGGCCAGUCUUCCACUGCUGCCAACAAUCCCUUUGCCCCAAAACCGUUUGGCAGCCCGACCACAACUUUUGGGGCACACACUGGAAGCUCGCUCUUUGCAACUACAUCUACUGGUGCCUUUGGCCAGCAGCAAUCCACUCCCGCAUUUGGCACAACAUCCACUGGUGCCUUUGGCCAGCAGCAAUCCACUCCCAUAUUUGGCACUCCAUCCUCCUCUCCGUUCGGGAGCUCUACGCCAGCCUUCGGUGCAACCCCCACUCCUGCCUUUGGUGCCACAUCCUCUGGAUCUUUGUUUGGACAGAAGCCAAGUUUUGGGGGGUUUGGAUCAUCUCCUAGCCAGUCAAGUCCUUUUGGUAGCACGUUCCAGCAAACACAACCAACAUUUGGCAGCAGCACUUUUGGUGCAUCAACUACGCCGGCAUUUGGUACCACGACUACGCCGGCAUUUGGUACAAUUACACCAGCCUUUGGCACCACAACUACACCGGCCUUCAGUGCCACGAUUACCCCAGCAUUUGGUUCAACAUCAACAUCUUUAUUCGGUGCUUCUAGCACCCCAGCGUUUGGUUCUACAGCCUUUGGUACAUCUGCUACUGGUUUUGGAACUUUAGGGACCACAACAUUUGGUGUGAGUAGUACUACUCCAGGUUUUGGAUCUUCAAGCACACCUUCAUUUGGCACAUCAGCUAGCGUCUUCAAUUUUGGUUCUUCACCAUCUUUUGGACAAACAACACUUUCCUCUGGUAGCACUCCCUUUGGAGCAACUCCGUCACCUUUUGGUGCAGCAGCUCCUGCAUUUGGCUCACAGACAGCAGCGCAAGCUUUUGGGCAACCACAAUUUGCUAAUCAAGCUGGAGGAACCAGAAUAAAACCUUAUGCUCAAACACCAGAUGUUGACAGUGCUACUAGUGGUACUCAGCCUGCUGCAAAACUUGAUUCCAUAUCAGCGAUGCAUGAAUACAAAGACAAGAGUCAUGAAGAAUUGAGGUGGGAAGACUAUCAGCGUGGAGACAAAGGUGGACCAAACCCUUCUGGAACUCCAGCAGCGGCACCUAGCUUUCCAUCAUCACAACAGAAUGCUUUUGCUCCGACAAGCAAUCCAUUUAACCCGCCUGCCACAAACCCAUUUUCAACAAUCAAUCCAUAUCCAUUUGCUUCUAAGCCUGCUCCAACUAUUUCUUCACCAUUCACCUCAUUUAGCAAUGCAUCAGUUGCAAGUUCGAGCCCAUUCACAUCAUCCACUAGUACCACAAUGUUUGGGCAAACAGGUGUUUCUACAUUUCCAGCAAGUACUUCGCCAUCAGUAUUUGUAAAUACAAAUCCUGCUUCUGGUACAUCAUCGUUAUUUGGCACAUCAAUGAUGAAUAAUCCAAGUCCAUUUGGCACCAGCUCAUCGUUUGCUAACACUCAAUCAGCCCCACUAUUUUCCUCAUCAUUUGCUCAACCGAUAUCAAGUACACCAGCUUUCUCCUCUGGGAGCCUAUUCGGUUCAACUAAUCCUGGCAGUCUGUUUGGCAGCAGCGGGCCUUCACUUUUUUCAACACCAACAUUUCAGCCAUCUGCCGCUGCUCAAACUUCAAACAUGUUCUCCAUCCAACCUCCUCCGAUUCAACCAGGUCAAACUCCUAGCCAGUCCAGUAUGGUCUUUCAGCCUGCUCCUGUUUCAAAUCCAUUUGGGACACUUCCAGCGAUGCCUCAGAUGUCUAUUGGGAAUGGUGGAUCUUCACCAUCAGUUCAAUAUGGGAUAUCAAGUUUUGAGAAGCCUCUUCAAAGUAGAGCAUUGUGCAUGGCGGUUCCUAGGCAUUUGUCACAGAGAAGGAUAAAACUGCUGCCGAGAAAAUAUAAUCCAAUAUCUGAUGGCAAGGUUCCAUUCUUUGCUGAUGAUGAAGAAUCUCCAGCAACACCGAAGGCGGAUGCUUUUUUCAUCCCUAGAGAGAACCCAAGGAAUCUGGUAAUUCGUCCAAUUGAGCAGUGGCCUUUGCAAAGAGAAACUGACCAGCAAUUGACUUUGAAGAAUGCUACUGAUUGGAACAAAUAUGAAGAUGCUUCCACUGAAAGUGAGCGUGGUAAGUCUGCCAUGUCACCAAGCAGCAGGCCUCCUGCAGUGGAAAAUGACAAUCAGCAUGAGGCCAGGGCCAUGGCUCAGCAUGAGAAUGGGAAUUUUACUUCAGUCGAGAGGCUAUUGCCUAAGCUUCCACGUGCAGAUUACUUCACAGAGCCUAGUAUAGAGGAGAUUGCGGCCAAAGAACGUGCGCAGGCAGGCUACUGCGGUCAGGUGAGGGACUUUGUUGUGGGGAGACAUGGCUACGGCAGCAUCAAGUUUUUGGGGGAGACCGACGUGAGAUGUCUAGAUCUGGAGUCAAUCGUGGAGUUCAACAACCGGGAGGUGAUUGUGUACAAGGAUGACAGCAAGAAGCCCCCAGUGGGUGAGGGGCUGAACAAAGCUGCAGAGGUGACUCUUCUGAACAUCAAGUGCGUGAACAAGAAGACCGGGGAGCAGUACCACGAGGGGGCAAGGGUGGAGAGGUACAGGGAGAUGCUGGUGAAGAAGGCGGAGGAGCAGGGUGCAGAGUUUGUGUCCUUCGAUGCAGCCAAGGGAGAGUGGAAGUUCAGGGUGAAGCACUUCAGUGCCUAUGGGCUUGUGUGA